AUCACUCCCCACUUGCUCGACUUGAAACCAGAGGCGAGGUUUUAGGGUUUGGGGAACAAGUCCAGGAAGCUGCGUCGACCGAUAAAGACAGAAAACGUAUGUAGCUCCAAAUAAGAAAAAAGAAACUUUUGAUGUACUCUUGUCUUUUAGGGUGAAAUAAAAGUUGGAGUUAGAGUUUCGGUUUGGUGUUGGGACUGUAUGGUGUGUGUCCGAACACACCCAAACCCCUGGAUAUGGCAGGUCUAAAUGGUCUCAAACUCCUGCUGCUCUGGGCCGGGAUCAUUACCGUGAGCAAAUGUCAAGGCCCAUCAGGACCGCCCACCUCACCUCCACGCACAAACUCAGAUCACUCUGUGACUGUCACUCAGCCCGUUACGUCCUCUCCUCCACACACUGGGUCCACAUCGGUCCAGCCCACAGACACGCCCUCAGCCGGCUCCUCUCCUCCACUCACCCCUCCCCCCUCUAGUCAAACAUCCGCCCUCACCACCACUUCGUCCGCCACUCCCUCUUCCACUCCCACUUCCACUCCCACUUCCACUCAAAACAACAACCAAAACUCAACUGCAUCCACUCAGUCCAACAUCACCACGACUAACCCUCCAGUCACAGGAACAACAGGCAGCUCCAAUCAAACAUCCCCAUCCUGUUCUUACUCUCUUCGACCCAUCGGCUCUGGCUUUAACAUUUCCGUAGCCAACUUUUCCACCGGUUCCUACAUGGUAAGCAUCACUGAAGAACAACAUACAGAAAACACCAUCCUUCAGAAUAUUACGUCCAUGCCAUAUCCCAUCCGACACCUGAAGCCCUGCACGCUCUACAAGCAUAAUGUCACGCUCAGUGUAAAUGACACAAACACAAGCUGUCGCAGCAGUGACAAUCCCAUGACAGCAAGUACAUUGAACAUAGAGAAGAACGACACUGAAAUUGGCAACGACACGCCUAAACAUGUUUCCUACAAGACUGACUGGAACAUCAGCUGUGAGAUGAUAAAUGCAUCCAACAAGAACGUGAAACCAUGUGGAAAUGAUAAAACCUGCUGCAUUGAACUUGAACCUGAUGACAUUUGCACAACCCUGAAGACAACGUUCACUUCCAACUGCCCCCCACUAGUCAAGAGCGAAUACCUGAGCGCUGAGAAGUUUUUACAUCAGGAUUAUAUAAUGGCGAAACCUAAUGGAAGACUUCCUGCAAACAUCAGAACAGACUUCCCUAAAAACUGCCAGAACCUUACCUCUGACUACACCUGUGUGGAAAGUGGAUCAAAUCAAACCAUAAGUUUGCAUGAGCUGAAGCCCUUCACCGACUACAUCUGUACUGGAGAUGUAAAAGAGAACGGCACAUCUAUAACGAAAACAAAACCUGUAGAUGUCAACAUCAAAUGUGAUCUUCGCAUAACCAUAAAGGUGCCUUCACGGAAAAAUACUUCCAUCAGCUUGAGUUGGACUACAGAAAGUCCGAACUGUGGCAGUGAACUUUCUAAUCUCACAAAGCUUUCAUAUGUGUGUGAAUAUAAUCAAACCAAGGAUCACUAUGAAAAAUGUCGUGGAAAUGCAGAAUUUUCCCCUGAAAGAGGAUCUUGUGAAUGUACUGACCUGGAACCAUUCACCGCCUAUAUCUUCAAAGUCCGAGCCAAGUACGAUGGAAAACCGGUUCAUUCAGAGUUUUCAAAGAAAAUUACAACUAAAGCUGGAAUACCGGAUCCCUUUGACCCAAAGAUAACUAUUCAAGAUCACAACAUCAUUCAUGUAGACUGCAAAAAAACAAUUAAAUUCAGAGGACAUGUCAAGAAGUAUGUAGCACGUCUGCUCUAUGGCGAUAAAGAAGAGAGAAGUCGUGUUCAAGGGAAUUGUGUUUUUGAGUUCAGAGACCUAAGCUACCUAACAUCCUACACUUUAGAGUUGAUUGCUCACAAUGAAGAUAACCCAAGCAAACUCACAAGAAUAACGGUUACAACCGAAUACAAUUACAAAGCUGUCAUCGGUUUCCUUGUCGUUCUCAUCCUCCUCACAUCCGUGGCUCUGCUUUUAGUCCUCUACAAGAUUUACAUUUUGAAGCGCAGAAAGUCACAUGACUUAAGUGAAAGCAUGAUGCUUAUUUCAACAACAAACGAUGAAGAAAAGCUGCUGACUGUGGAGCCGAUUGCAGCCGAGGUCCUGUUAGACGCCUACAAGAGGAAACUGGCCGACGAAGGACGGCUUUUCCUGGCCGAGUUUCAGAGCAUCCCCAGGGUUUUCUCCAGGUACACGGUGAAGGAGGCCAAAAAGCCCUGCAACGCCCUUAAGAACCGCUACGUGGACAUCCUGCCCUACGACUACAACCGCGUUCAACUGGCCACAGGAACUGGAGUACCAGGAUGUGACUAUAUCAACGCCAGCUAUAUUGAUGGAUACAAAGAAUCCAAGAAGUACAUCGCAGCCCAAGGUCCAAAGGAGGAGACAGUGAGUCAUUUCUGGAGGAUGGUCUGGGAGCAGCAGUCCUCCAUCAUCGUCAUGGUAACACGAUGUGAAGAAGGAAACAGGCCCAAGUGUGCGCAGUACUGGCCAACUCCAGACCGAGAGGCCGAGAUCUACGAGGAGUUCGUAGUGAAGCUGAACUCAGAGGACCAAUGCCCCGAUUACACCAUCCGCCAUCUGAGUCUGACUAAUAAGAAGGAGAAGAACUCUGAGCGUGAGGUGACCCACAUCCAGUUCAUGAGUUGGCCCGACCACGGCGUCCCAGGAGAGCCCCAGCUCCUCCUGAAACUCAGACGACGCGUCAACGCUUUCAAGAACUUCUUCAGCGGUCCCAUCGUGGUCCACUGCAGCGCCGGCGUGGGCAGGACGGGCACCUACAUCGGCAUCGACGCCAUGAUGGAGGGUCUGGAGGCCGAGGGCCGUGUGGACAUUUAUGGAUACGUGGUCCGACUCCGCAGACAGAGAUGUCUCAUGGUCCAAGUGGAGGCCCAGUACAUCCUGAUCCACCAGGCGCUGCUGGAACACAACCAGUUUGGAGAAACCGAGAUCAUCCUGCCUGAGCUGCACAGCACCAUGACCACACUGAAGCAGAAGAACGCAGACAGUGAACCCUCGUUAAUGGAGGAGGAGUUUGAGAGACUCCCCAACUAUAAAACCUGGAGGACAUACAACUCAGGGAUCACAGAAGAAAACAAGAAGAAGAAUCGCUGUUCGUCAAUAAUCCCAUACGACUAUAACCGAGUGUUGCUGAAGCUCGAUGAAGAACACAGUCGCGCCAGUGACCCCGACGACGAUGAGGAGGAGGAGUCGUCCGACGAAGAGGACGAAGAAUCCACUAAAUACAUUAAUGCCUCCCACAUCGACGGCUACUGGGGCCCACGCACCUUCAUCGCAGCACAAACUCCGCUGGCAGACACCGUGGCCGACUUCUGGUUGAUGGUUUACCAGAAGAAAGCGUCCGCUGUGGUGAUGCUGUCGGAAUGUAGCGACGACGACAAGGAUUCUGUCUACUGGGAUUCAGAGAAGAAAGUUUUUGGAGAUAUUGAAGUUGAAGUGUCAAACACCGAGACGUCACCAGCCUUCAUCAGUCGUACCAUGCUAAUCCGUCACGUUAAGAGGAAAGAAGUGCGGUCGGUCAAACACAUCCAGUUCCUGAAAUGGGGAAACGGAGAUCUGCCAGAGAGACCUCAAGACCUGACGGACAUGAUGAAGGACGCCAGGAGCAAAUGUUCCAGCGGCAAAUCACACAAAGGCUCUCCCAUCGUCGUCCACUGCAAUGACGGUUCCACCCGUUCGGGGAUGGUCUGCGCUCUGUGGAACCUUCUGGACAGCGCCGACACCGAGAAGCUGGUGGACGUUUUCCAGGUUUCCAAAACCCUGCGCAAGGAGAGACAGGGCAUGAUUCCCACCAUGGACCAGUACCAGUUCCUGUAUGACGCUCUGGAGGCGGUCUUUCCCGUCCAGAACGGGGAAGUGAAGGCAGCACAGGCGUCUGCGUCUGCGUCCGUGCAGAUCGUGAACGAAACCAAAGCAGCAGAGCAGACGGCCGAGGGUGAGCCCGAGCAGGCGGCCAGCACUACCGGCGCCAGCCAGGAGGGGGAGGCAGAGAGCAGCGCUGUGGCUGAUGAAGGAGACAAAAAAGAGGAACCCGAGAAGGGGUCCGGAGGCCCCCCAGAGACAGCAGCCCUGGAGGACACUAGCAACGGUCCUAUCGUCACUGUGGAGGUCUGAGAACAGGAAAAGAAAAGAAAAGAAAAGAAAAGAAAAGAAAAGAAAAGAAAAGAAAAGGGGGGCUGCUUCUACGUUAAGGAAAAACCGCUUCAGUUGAACGCUUUCUUUAAUUUCAUGAAUGUAUAGACGAUGUGAAGCUUUUACAGGUUAAGAUUUAUUCAAGAAUUCGGUUUGAAUCAGUAGGAAUUUCAGUUUAAGCAAAUAGAUAUUAAUAUUUUCUUCUUUUAAGUUAUAAAUAGCUAAGUAUUUGUAGCAGUUGUUUAAAAAUGCCAGUAAUGUUUUCUGUUUUCUAUGCAACGAUGCUGUUGACAAACUACAAGGCUCUGAUUUACUGUAAGAAACAUCCAAGAAGUAAAUCUGAAACAUUAAUAGGGUUUAUUGACCACUAUGAUGCUAAUGUUCUUUUUUUUUUUUUUUUUUAAUUUGGUUCAUGUAAUUUCUCUGCCUUAUGGAUUCCAUAUUCUACUUUUAUAUAUUUGACAUAACUGAAUAAUUUCGAGCUUAAGUUUAUGAUGUUACAGACACUGUGCCUUUGAAUUAAAAAGAGUUCAAUCGA